AUGGGGAUACUUGGGGGGGCUGAACUCCCUGUCGCGCCUUGGCAUCGGGGCUUGUCGCUGGCACAGAUCAAGGCGGCCAGCGAUCUACAGACUGAACUGAAACUGGACCUGGAGGAGGCGACCACGCACCGGGUGCACGAUUGCCUGCUUCGCCUGGGCGUUUGUGUCCAGUUCGAUUGUUGUCGCUUGAACAAGAUGAUUGAGCUCAGUCAGGGUGACAAUUUGGCGUUUCUAUAUUUUCUGUAUACGAUGGAGUACCAAUCGGACUGCCCGCAUAAGAAGUACACACUUAAUGAACAGAUCGUUCUGUCGGCCAUCGCGUACUUGGAUAUGCCGGCCACUAUUGAGGCCUUGGAGAAAAUACUUCCGAUUCCCGAGAAGCGUUUGAAGACAGGUCCUUCAAAGCCGAAUCCCAACGAAAAAAAAUGCAAAGAAAACAUCAAGCUGGGUACUAAAGUACUACCCUACUUUGAAAAGCAGCGAAGACCCAAGAGGAAACGUAAAUAUUUCCAUUCAACACCGCACGCCUACGAGGCGGGCAUUCCGAACGAAUCAAAGGACUCUGAAGACCCGGAUUACCGCUGGUUUGCCGACUACGAAUUCCAUCCGUCCAGGCGUAUUGUCAAAUCCGUAAUUAGCCAAGAGAUUGUCAAGCUCUUCGAUAGAAUAGACGAGGUUCGGCAGGGUCCUGAAGCAGAUCGCCAGAAUAUGUGUAAAUAUCAUCAGGAGAGUCGUUCGCUGGAGCGGGAAUCGUAUGUGGAUAGGCAGCGUAAGCAAUGCCUGGCCAUGCUUGACGUGGACCAAGAGCGAAAGUUGCUAACGAGACAACGUAUUGCUAAGCAACUGCAGCGCGAUGUGGAUCGAUACAUCCAAAAGUUUGGCAAUAAUCGCUGGAGUCCCGGCGUGCCAGCGUUUCGGCAAAUCGGAUGCUCCGCCUGCCGGCUACUGGGUCCGGCACCCCUUCCCGUUAUGGUCCUGGACAAUGCGGGGGAAGAGUACUGUAAGCCUUGGCCGAAGUUGGACGGCAGCUGUGACCAAAUGCUGCGGCUCAGCGGCGGGCAAGAUUGUAGGCGACCCACAAAAGAGAGAACCACCACAAAGGGGAACUAUUUCCAAGCCCCUAAGCUGCAUGCGCCCUAUAUAUUCGACUAUAUAGGACUGUUUGGCAGAUACGACCAGAUGUCUUUGGAUGCUGGAAAGUGCAUUGGUGGCGCCGUGCUAAAAGCCCUUCAAGAGGAUGAUGGCAGGGAAAUAAAGGAGCCAAUUAUAGUCAAACGGUGGCAUAUAAACGAUGCCGUCAACCAAUGUGUGAGGAGAAUCUAUGAAAGAAGUCUGGCGGCCUUUAAAUUCUGCCCUGAACCAAAGGAGCGUCUCAGUUACAAGGGAAAAAGUCAUUUCGAUCCCGAUGAUGAGGUUUUUAUGGACCACAUGCUGUCGGAUGCCUUCAAGAUACUCAAAAAGAACAAGAAACUCGUCCUGGCUACUCUAUACAAUGGUCAUCAGGUGCCGGAGCUACGCGAAUGGAUAAGGCGGCGCUACGGCAAACGCUAUACGGUGGCGACGAGGUCCGAGCUGUGUGAUACGUGGCAGAAAAUGAGGAAUUUGUCGGAGAUGCACCAUGAGCUGUACACUAUUUUAAUGGGACACUCGAAAACCAGAGAGAAGCAUGAAAUAAGCAAUGCACAUUAUGACCUUUUCUUGGCAAGGGCACAGAAGUUUCAGGCCUGCUUCAAGGAUCACGUCAACGAGAUAGUCAUGGAACGGACGCGCCUCUGCUGGCGGGCCAUGAACUAUCUACGCACCAAAAACUAUACGGGUCUGCAGCAGACCUUCUUCUCGUAUAUGCCGAGUACAGCCUGUGCGAAGGCUCCUCUAGUGACAAAUACCAGAACACCGCAUGGAAGAUGUGGCAGAUCACUUGGCAAAUGAAUAUCGCCUGAAUUAAUGGACAAUACAA